CCGCCCCUCCCUGCUGGAAGAACUAUAUAGAUAGCAAGCAGGAAGACAGGUGAGCUAGAACCGAGAAGAUUGACACCGCACUCACUAGGUACUUCAGUCAUGUCUCUGUACCCAUCUCUAGAGGAUCUGAAGGUGGACCGGACCUUACAGGCUCAGUCCAUCCAAGUGAUCGCCCAAUCACAGCCUGCAGCCAUAAUGCCACCUUUGCCCUCCACCAAUGGUCUAUACCCAAACCUGACAGAACUCAACAAUUACAUGGGACUGUCACUGACUGACGAGGAGUUACAGCUCAAUAUGUCACUGGUUCCAUCUGGAGGAAAUGCGGUGGCAAUCCCUCAAACCCUCCAUGGUGGUCUAGUGGCUCCAGUCACUGGUAAUGACAUCGGUCUGAGACGGGCAGAAAUUAGGAAUGGAAUCCGGGAAGUUAUCCUAUGUAAGGACGAGAAUGGCAAGGUGGGCCUGAGGCUGCGGGCUGUGGAUAAGGGGGUGUUUGUGCAGCUCGUCCAAGCCAAUUCUCCAGCCUCCCUGGUGGGCCUGAGAUUCGGGGAUCAGAUAUUACAGAUCGAUAACCAGGACUGUGCUGGGUGGAGCAGCGAACGGGCUUACAAGGCACUGAAGAAAGCAGGACAGGACAGGAUCAGCGUAAUAGUCCGGGACCGCCCAUUCCAGCGUACCGUUACCCUACAGAAGGACAGCUCAGGACAUGUAGGCUUCAUCUACAAGAAGGGAAAGAUCACAUCACUGGUAAAGGACAGCUCGGCUGCCAGAAAUGGGCUGCUCACCAACCACUACCUGUGUGAGAUCAACGGGCAGAACGUCAUUGGACUCAAGGAUAGCCAGGUAGAAAACAUUUUGGCAUCAUCCGGCCGCAGUGUCACCAUCACCGUGAUCCCUACCAUCAUCUACAAUCACAUUGUAAAAAAAAUGUCAUCUGGACUCAUUAAGAACGCCAUGGAUCAUUCCAUCCCAGAGGUGUAAAGACACCUGUCUGGAAAACUAUGUAUGUAAGCACCUGAAGUAACAUGGUCAAUAGCCUGAAGGUGCGUCAAGUCCUAAUAUGCACUUUAUAUAUACAGACGUGGACAAAAUUGUUGGUACCCUUUGGUCAAUGAAAGAAAAAGUCACAA